GCGCUGCCUGUUGUUUUGUAUAUUGACAGCGCGCUGCGCGGGUUUAUGUUUCGCGGGAGCGGGAGGCAUACAAUAACAUUGUAUUUAAUUUAUACAGUAGUGAUAUUUUCCGCAUAAAAAGCGCAAAAUGAGUUUAUGGGUCGACAAAUACAGACCAUCGUCCUUGGCUAAACUCGACUAUCACAAGGAGCAGGCGAGUCAACUCAAAAAUCUGGUCCAGUGUGGUGACUUUCCACACUUGUUGGUUUAUGGCCCUUCUGGUGCUGGAAAGAAAACUCGGAUCAUGUGUCUGCUCAGAGAGCUGUACGGUCCCGGGGUCGAGAAACUCAGAAUUGAGCACCAGACAAUUACGACACCCUCUAAAAAGAAACUUGAAAUAAACACCAUUGCCAGCAACUACCAUUUAGAAGUGAAUCCAAGUGAUGCCGGGAACAGUGACCGUGUGGUUAUUCAGGAGCUCAUAAAAACUGUGGCUCAGUCUCAGCAGAUUCAGUCCAGCGCUCAGAGGGAGUUCAAAGUGGUGCUACUGACAGAGGUGGACCGGCUCACUAAAGAUGCACAGCAUGCCCUGCGCCGUACCAUGGAGAAAUACAUGUCCACCUGCCGGCUGAUCCUGUACUGUAACUCUACCUCAAAAGUGAUCGGCCCGAUCAGGAGCAGGUGUCUGGCUGUGAGAGUCCCUCUACCAAGUGUGGAAGAGGUGUGCAGCGUUCUGUCAAGUGUGUGCAAAAAAGAGGGUCUGUUGCUUCCCCCUGAGCUGGCCAAACAGAUCGCAGAGAAGUCCGGUCGCAAUCUCCGCAAAGCUUUGCUGAUGUGUGAGGCCUGCAGAGUUCAACAAUAUCCGUUCUCUCCGGACCAGGACAUCCCUGAGACGGAUUGGGAAGUGUAUCUGAGAGAAACGGCUAAUGCUAUAGUCAGCCAGCAGAGUCCUCAGAGGCUUCUGGAGGUUCGUGCACGAUUGUAUGAACUUCUAACUCACUGCAUCCCACCAGAUAUUAUCAUGAAGGGACUGGUGACAGAGUUGCUUGGCAACUGCGAUGGACACCUGAAAGCCGACGUAUCUCAGAUGGCAGCGUACUACGAACACAGACUGCAGCUGGGGAACAAAGCAAUCUACCACCUGGAGGCCUUUGUUGCUAAAUUCAUGGCGAUCUACAAGAAGUUUAUGGAAGAUGGACUUGACAACUUUAUGUUCUGAGCCACUGUAGCCUUGAAGAAAUAAGAUAUAUUUGAUAAAAUUGUUUUUCAUAAUAAAAGUCAUUUUCAAAA